AUGAAUACAACCACCAUGCGCAGUCUGCGCACAUCAAUCCUCUUACAUUCGCCCCUCAAACCUCACCAUCAACCUCUGAUCCAUCUCAGCUCCCUCCCAUCAACCCAGCGAUUCCAAUCCAGCACGCCUCUCUCGCCCUCCCUCCCAUCUAACCUCAUCCCCACCAACACCGUCAACGGCCCCCCCUCCACUCUCCCCGCGCCCCUCGAUCUCCCCACCCGCGAACCCAACCAACCCUUCUUCUUCAAAUACGCCUUCACCCUCGGAAAAGCCUAUGCCAAAUUCUACAAAACCGGCGUCAAAAACAUCUACUACAAUUUCAUCGCUUCCCGCACCAUCCAAACCAUCAUCGAUGAGAAACACAAAUCGUCUCUCUCCUCCGCCGUAAAAGGCGCUGCGCUCUCCCGCUCAGAUUUCCAACUCCUGAUCCGCAAUCGCCACGAUGUCAAGCGCGUUCCUAUCUUCGCGCUGGUGUUUUUGAUCUGUGGGGAAUUCACGCCACUGGUUGUGAUUGCCAUUAGUAGUGUGGUGCCGUGGACAUGUCGGAUUCCUAAACAAAUUGAUGCGGAUCGGAAGAAGUUGGAAGAGAGGAGGGCGAUUAGUUUUAGAAAUUUAACCAUGAAGACUCCGCCGGCGGGAACAGAUGCGCAGGGAUUGAGACGCAUGCAAUUGUUGCAUAUUUCUUGGAGUUUGGGUCUGAGUAGUAGUGUGUGGGAUUAUAUUGGAGGGAGAUUCCCUGGACUGCCGAAUGCGAUUUUGAGGAGGAAAGUGGAGAGGAGAGUGAAGUAUUUGGAUAUGGAUGAUAAGCUCAUUCAGCAUGAGGGGGGUGUGAAAGGGAUGUUGGAAGAAGAAUUAAGGAUGGCGUGUGUGGAGAGAGGAAUCGAUGUUAUGGGACGGGAUGUCCAUAUGCUAAGGAUGCACUUGAAUGCUUGGUUGAGAUCGAGAGAAAAGGUUGGAGUGGAAACUCUGCUUUUGACGAGACCAGCUGCAUGGCCCUCGAAGCCUAAGAUGCUCUAGUUACCCAGAAACACACACGACGAUUUUGUACGAUAGCACACGAAUUUCAUGUCCAGAUACACGCACUGCAAUUCCAUUUCUUGUUCAUUCAAAAAAUCAUCUCCACAUGUACAGCAAUUGUAGGAUACGGGAAAAAGCAACCACACUUCUCGAUAGACAAAAAGACCUCACUCAGUAUAUAGAUAGACAUAGAAAUAGAAACAUCUCUGCAUUUGA